AUGGAGACUAACCUAAAGAACCAUGCCUUCUCUCUUCUCAUCCAUUCCCUCCAUACCUUCAUUCUCUUGGCAUGCAUUACUAGUGAGACCUACAUCUUCAUUAACAAAUACCAUCCUCUCCACCAUCUCAUCCCUCUCUUCUUCAUCCUUGUCUUCCCAAACCUAUCCAAACCCUCCUCCCAAGUGUUCCUUUUAGACUUCUCUUGUCUAAAACCAUCUCCAAGUCUCAGAGUUCCAUCAGCAGCUCUAAUGGAACAUCUUUCCAUGAUUGAAGGCUUUGACCAAGAGAGCUUAUCCUUCUUGUCUAAAGUCACCUCUUCUUCUGGCCUUGGAGAAGAAACCUACUUCCCUCCUUCACUCCGUCACCUUCCUCCAAGAACUGACCAUAAGAACUGCAUUCAAGAAGCUCAUAUGCUCUUCUUCCCCAUCCUUCAAGACUUGUUCUCUAAAACCAGGAUAUCUCCUCAAGAAAUAGACAUCCUUGUGCUUAACUGCAGUGCCUUCUGUUCCUCUCCCUCACUCUCCUCCAUCAUUGUCAACCGUUUUGCAAUGCGGGAUAAUGUGAAGACCUUCAACCUCUCCGGCAUGGGCUGCAGCGCCGGUGUAAUCAGCAUUGACAUUGCAAGAACUCUCCUCCAACUCAACCGUGGAUCAUUCGCUCUGAUAAUCAGCACUGAAGUUCUUUCCACUGGUUGGUACUCCGGCAAAGAUCAACGUAAGCUUCUGCUCAACUGUGUCUUCCGUUCCGGCAGUGCUGCCGUGCUUCUCACCAACAAAAAGGUAAAAAAUUUGAAGUACAAGCUGCUUCACUUGGUGAGAACUCAAAGAGCAUUUGAUGACACUGGUUACCAUUCAGCCAUAAGAGAAGAAGACUCCAAAGGAAUCACCGGAGUCUCCAUUGAACGCAAUUUACUGCAUGUGGCCAGAGACUUACUACGUUCUCACGUCAUAAUUCUCGGUAAAAUCAUACUACCAUUUAGAGAAAGAGCUAAGUACGUGAUCAUGGUGUUAAUAUUUAAGGUUGUUUCAUCUGACAAGAAGAGAAGUCCGGUGCCGGAAUUCAGGGCUGCAGUGAAGCACUUCUGCAUGCCAGCUUCAGGGAGGGGGAUGAUAAAGGAGAUGGGGAAAGGAUUGGGAUUGGGAGAAAGGGAGAUUGAGGCUGCAUUGAUGACUUUCCGGAGAUUUGGGAACCAAUCAUCAUCGUCCAUGUGGUAUCAACUUGGGUAUAUGGAAGGGAAACAAAGGAUUAGGAAGGGUGACAAGGUUUGGCAGUUGGGAAUGGGGACUGGACCCAAGUGUAACAGUGUGGUUUGGGAAUGUUUGAGGGUGAUUAAAGGAGAGGAAUUAGGUCAAAAGGACCAUGGGAGAGAUUGA